GGAGAAUUUAUAUGCCUUUGGCGGCAAGUUGAGUAUUUGGGUGUGAACGCUUACUAAAUGCUACUCACAUAAGACUCUCAUAUUUUAGCCUAACUGUUCCAAAGACUUGCUGUAGAGAACACAUAGACCUAGCUACAAGAUAUAUAUAAUGGAGUCUCGAGAACACAGGUGAUAUUAAGUGUCUAAAUUUUUCUGUUGGACAUUUGAAAUGAUUCGCGUCUUCUUUUUAGCCUCACUUGUUCUCUCUUUUGUACCUUAUAUUCGCUCUGUUACAGAACUCAACACUUCUCUGUCUAUCUGCCCAGAAAGUUUCAAUUGUCCAAAUUUGGCCUCCUUCACGUACCCGUUUUAUAAUAAUGCCACUGACAUGCAAUGUGGGUUGAUUAAGGUCAACUGUACUUUGAAUGAUGGGAGUAUUCAACUUGGAAGAAACUCAUAUGACAUUUAUGGCAAGUAUGUGUCUGAAUCGAUCGUGUCGAUCCGUAAUCUAACGUUUGAAAGACUUGUGAAUAAUAGCAGUUGUGGGGCACUUAUGGAUAAUUUCACUUCUCCAACUCCUCUUCUCUAUUCCAUUUCACUCGUAACCUUCAUCACUCUCUACAAAUGCGCAAAGCUUCCAAAUGAUGUUGCAGAAAUGGAAGCUUAUUUUGACCAAUCUAAUUACAAUAAAAAGAGAUGUGGAGAUUACAGUUUCUACUAUAACCAUUCCAUCAGUGAUCAAGCAGUUCCAAGUGAUCUCCCGCCUGCAUGUCAAGUAAUACAGCUGCCUGUGAAAGUGGGAGAGAGAAGUAAUGGUAACGAGACCAACAUAUUUUCUCUUCUCAAUUCUGUAGUCUCUAUUAAUUUUGUAACUCCAUGCAAUAAGUGUCAAAAGGAAGAGGGCCGAUGCUACACUCUCAAUGGACAGUUCCAGUACUGUUUAUACGCCAAAAAUGAAACACCACUCAGAAAACUGAAAUAUAUCCUAGUUCUUGUUGGAUCUGCCUUCGUCAUCAUCAUCAUCUUUUUUGUCAUCUUCAUAAUAUGGCGUCGGUACAAGAGCCACCCUUUUUCCUAUUUCUCUUCAAAGGAAAAAUCACCAAACGUUGAAGAUGCGAGUCUUUUCUACGGUGUAUCUGUUUUCUCCUGCACAGAGCUUGAAGAUGCCACCAAAAAUUUCAACCCUUCUAAGGAACUGGGGAAUGGAGGUUUUGGAGCUGUUUACUAUGGAAAACUCCAAGAUGGGAGAGAAGUUGCAGUGAAGAGACUUUAUGAGCACAACUACAAACGAGUCCAACAAUUUGUGAAUGAGGUUCAAAUCCUCACCGGAUUACGUCACCCCAACCUUGUGGUGCUCUAUGGUUGCACCUCUAGACAAAGCCAUGAACUUCUCCUUGUGUAUGAAUACAUCACCAAUGGCACUGUUGCAGAUCACCUCCAUGGAGAACUAGCAAAUCCAAGCUUUCUGACAUGGCCAUUAAGAAUGAACAUUGCAAUUGAAACUGCCAGAGCGUUAGUCUACCUUCAUGCCUCUGAAAUCAUACACCGAGAUGUCAAGACCAGUAACAUUCUCCUUGAUCAGAAUUUCAGUGCCAAAGUAGCAGAUUUUGGGCUCUCUAGGCUCUUACCGAAUGAUGUCACUCACGUGUCUACAGCUCCUCAGGGGACCCCAGGAUAUUUGGAUCCCCAAUAUCACAAUCGUUACCAAUUAACAGAAAAGAGUGAUGUUUACAGCUUUGGAGUGGUCUUGAUUGAACUAAUAUCAUCGAUGAGGGCAGUCGACUUAAAUAGGUCUGAAGACGAGAUUAGUUUGGCUAAUCUGGCUUUGAACAAGAUCCAAAGAUGUGCGUUAGAUCAAUUGAUGGAUCCGGAUCUAGGAUCGGAUUCAGAUGCUGAAACCUUGAGGAUGAUAACAUCAGUGGCAGAGUUGGCUUUUCAAUGUUUACAGUAUUAUUCAGAAAUGAGGCCUACAAUGAAUGAGGUGUUAGAUGCGUUGGAGGAUAUUCAAUCCCAUGGGAGAAUAGAUUCAGAUGACAGUAUCAGAGACUUGGAAAAAGCAAAACCGCCACCACCGUCUGAAGCCAGCAAUAAGACGGUUUUGUUGAAAGACUUCUUGCCUUCGCCAGUCUCCAUCACCAGUGAAUGGCAUAGUGCUAGCACCACAUCAACUACACUAACUGUCAAAUAGAUUGCAUAUUCAUGAUCAUGUACCCCUCGUGGUUUUUGUUCAAAUUUUCAUCGUUUCUAUGCCCUAAAUAUUUGCUUUUUGGUGAGAUCAUGAAAAGGAAUGUAAUUAACAUUAAGUGUUUGUUUCUUUUUGAUUUAAUGGGAUAGCUAUACAUUGUUGUUUCUUUUCAA